AUGGUUUGGAGAGAACUCAUUAUUCUCGAGGCCGAAUGUAGCGCACGGCGGAUAAUACAAGACCCUACCGUAGAUCCGACAAGUCGGACGGGCUGGCUGCCAUUCCAGAAUAACAAGGAUCAGGUGAUCGAGUCGCUCAUAAAGCAGGGCAAUGAGCUUCGGGUAGAAAGGAGCGCCUAUGACGACAACGAAUGGCUCAAGUGGUGCGUCAAGCGCUGCUCCUGGUUAAGCUUCGUCCUUCGCUACGACUUGGAACUGCUCGGAAGAUCUUUCCUUCUGCAAUGGGACAGACCGUGGGCGACAGCGUACUUCUACCCAUUUUUCGACACGCUGCUUCACGAAGAGAGAAGGGCAAGUGAAUGUGCAGCUCAUACGACGCGUCUAUCGACGCAGAUCGGGGGCGUGCGCGAGGCGGAAUACAGCGGCGAGGCACACUACUGGGGGAGAGGCGGAACAUCGGAGGUUCCUUCUACAAGCAGAGCCCGGGGCCGAGGCCGUCCCAGAAAUACAGACAGGGUGACAGGACCAGAAGGAUCAACAAAUCAGCCGCAACAGCGUCUCGAUCCCAAUCAACCUUCUACCAGCGGACUCCAGAGGCAAAAGAGGAAGAGCGUGCUCGAAGAAAGUAAGGAUUCGGGCCAGCCACAGUCCAAGCGUCCAGGUGGCAUGAACAGCAGCUGGUCGUCCAUGCCGGUUCAAAUUGCCUAUCAAAUUGCUAAGAUGAACACCGGAGCCACCUGA